UACCCCGCGAUGUCGCUCGCGCUGCUGAGCCUGGCCGCGCUGUGCUGGGGUGCCGCGUCCCCGGAACCGACUAUUCAGUGUAGCUCUGAAAAUGGGCCGUCACCAGAGUGGAAGGUCCAUCACGCUUUGACCCCAGGAGACUUGCGGGAGCUCCGAGUGGAACCUGUUAAAACCCGUGUUGCCCCAGAGGAGCAUUCACUUUUGAUGAACAUAAGCUGGAUACUCCGGGCAGAUGCCAGCAUCCUCAUGUUGAAGGCCACCAAGAUCUGUGUGACCAGCAAGAACAACUUCCAGACCUACAGCUGCGUGAGGUGUAAUUACACAGAGGCCUUCCAGAGUCAGACCAGACCCUCAGGUGGCAAAUGGAUGUUUUCCUACAUAGGCUUUCCCGUAGAGCUGAACACAGUCUAUUUCGUUGGGGCCCAUAAUAUCCCCAGUGCAAAUAUAAAUGAAGAUGGCCCUUCCUGGUCUGCGAAUUUCACCUCACCAGGCUGCCUAGACCACAUAAUGAAAUACAAAAAGAAGUGCAUCGAGGCAGGAAGUCUGUGGGAUCCAAACAUCACUGCUUGUAAGAAAAACGAGAAGAUGGUAGAAGUGAAUUUUACAACCAGUCCCCUUGGAGACAGAUACAUGGCUCUUAUUCAAAGUAACGCUGUUCUUGGAUUUUCGACUGUGUGGAAGAACAAGCUAACCCGGACUUCUGUGGUGAUCCCAGUCACUGGGGAAAGUGAAGGUGCUGUGGUACAGUUGGUUCCAUACUUCCGUACUUGUGGCCACGACUGCAUCCGACACAAAGGAACUGUUAUGCUGUGCCCCAAAACAGGUUUCCACAACACUCUGGAUAACAACAGAAGGGUGUUGGGAGGCUGGCUGCCUCUCCUCCUGGCGGCUCUGCUGGUGGCCACAUGGGUGCUCAUGGUUGGAAUCUAUCUACUGUGGAGGCAUGAGAGGAUCAAGAAGACUUCCUUUCCUGAUACCACCCUACUGCCUCCCAUUAAGGUUCUUGUGGUUUACCCAUCUGAAAUAUGUUUCCAACACACAGUUUGUUACUUCACCGAAUUUCUUCAAAACCACUGCAGAAGUGAAGUCAUCCUAGAAAAGUGGCAGAAAAAGAAAAUAGCUGAGAUGGGCCCAGUGCAGUGGCUCACCACUCAGAAGAAAGCAGCAGAUAAAGUAAUCUUCCUUCUUUCCAAUGAUGUCAACACCACGUGUGACGGUACCUGUGGCAGGAGCAAGGGCAGCCCCAGGGAGAACUCCCAAGACCUGUUCCCCCUUGCCUUCAACCUCUUCUGCAGUGAUCUAAGAAGCCAGACUCGUCUGCACAAAUACAUGGUGGUCUGUUUUAAAGAUGCUGAUACCAAAGACGAUUACAGCGCUCUCAAUGCCUGCCCCAAGUACCACCUCAUGAAAGACACUACUGCUUUCUGCAAAGAACUUCUCCACAUCAAGGAGAAUGUGUCAUCAGAGAAAAGGUCAUAAGCCUGCCAUAACUGCUGACUCUGCGUGUAGCACACCCAUGAGGAACAAGAGAUGUUGAAGCCUUCCUACGCUACCACGUUUCCCUCUGUAAGGAAAAAAGCAUUUGUGAUAAUCUUGAAGCUUACCGUAUAGGCUACUUGGACGGAAGAUUAUGUAGACUGCUUUAUUUAUUGUUUUCACAAUAAGACUACAGAGGACUCAUACUGGAAGUAUAUGCCUUAGUUUAUAUAAUUUUUUUUUUUAGUAAUUAUAUUAACUCAAUUUUUUAUGGAAAAAUAAAGAUUAGCUAUGAUGGAAACCACGACCAUUCUGACAAUACAGUAAUAAAGCAUCUUCCAGCCAAACGCCCAGUCUUGAAUAGUCCAUGCACUGCACUGUAAGUAGAACUGGUUAGUUUGGUAACAGUCUAAGUUUAAUUAAUGAAUACCAAGUUCCAGAAGCCUCUGGUCAUUCACGCAAUAGCUUAUUGUCUUUAGGUGCCACCGAGUUGGUUCUGACUCAUAGCGACCCUAUGUACAAGAGAAUGAAACACUGCUGGGUCCUGCGCCAUCCUCACCAUUGUUGGUAGUUUGAGCCCACUGUUGCAGCCACGGUGUCAGUCCAUCUCAGGUCUUCAUCUCUUUCGCUGACCCUCUACUUUAUCAAGCAUGAUGUCCUUCUCCAGGGACUGGUCCCUUCUGAUAGCAUGUCCAAAGUAAGUGAGACGAAGUCUCACUGUCCUUGCUUCUAAGGAACACUCUAGCUGUACUUCUUCCGAGACAGAUUUGUUCUUCUGGCAGUCCACAGUGUAUUUAAUAAACUUCAACAACACCCUAAUUCAAACGUGUCAGUUUU